AUGUCGAACGGAACUGUCGAAUUUGGAAAUCCGUUAAGAAAAUUUAAAUUGGUGUUUCUUGGGGAACAGAGCGUUGGUAAAACAUCUCUAAUCACUAGAUUUAUGUAUGACAGCUUUGACAAUUCCUACCAGGCAACGAUCGGAAUCGACUUCCUCUCAAAAACCAUGUACCUAGAAGAUAGAACUAUACGUCUUCAGCUAUGGGAUACAGCCGGUCAGGAAAGGUUUCGGAGUUUGAUACCCUCGUACAUCAGGGAUUCUUCAGUGGCCGUCGUCGUCUAUGAUAUUUCAAAUCUGAGCUCAUUUGAACAGACAACGAAAUGGAUUGAUGACGUUCGCAUGGAGAGAGGUAGUGACGUCAUCAUCAUACUCGUCGGAAAUAAAACUGAUCUAUUUGAUAAGAGGCAAGUCUCGAUGGAAGAUGGCGAGAAGAAGGCCAGAGAGCUGGAUGUGAUGUUCAUAGAGACGAGUGCCAAAUCGAGUUACAACGUGAAGCAGCUGUUUAGGAGGGUGGCGGCUGCCCUACCUGGAAUGGAUACUGCUGAAACCAUGCAAAAAAGUGUUGAGUUAAAGCCAAAAGAGACGCCGAUAGAGUUGCAUUCUACGCAGUCAAGUCGUUGCUACUGUUAACGCUGUUCUUAACCGUGGUCGUCGUCCUCACCAUUUUCACUAUCGCCAUCUUCAUCGUCGUCAUCAUUUUAGACAUAACUUGCGCAACUUUUAAAGUUAAUUAUUCUCUACUUUUUUAGUCAUUUUUUCAAUUUUUUAUUUCCAAUUUUUUACGAUCACUUUUGUUAUUUUCUCUCUCUCUCUCUCUCUCUCUCUCUCUUUCUCUUUUUUUUCUCUUUUUCUCUCUCUUUCUCUCUCUAUUAAACCAUAAUAUCUAUCUAUUUGGUAAAUCAAAAAAAAAGAAUUUUCCGUCGGAAUUCUUAAAGAUUCAUACAUCUGAACAUUCUUUCAUUUAUCCAUUCUUUCAUUCAUUCAUUCGUUCAUUCAUUCAUUCAUUCAUUCAUUCAUUUAUUUACUCAUUUGUUCGUUCUUUCCUUUUGGUCAAUCUGAGUCAUAAUAAAUUAAAAUCAGUUUUACUCUAAGUCAUAUCAGUUGGUUGUUUGAAUAUAUUUAUUUAUUUUAUUCUACUAGUUUUAUUCGUUUAUUUAUUAAU